UCAUCAUCAUCACCACCACCACCAUCCCUCUAUUGAGUCCACAAUCAACCCAGCCAUACCGUUACCGCUACCGUCUCCAUGCUCCACCACCCCCCAAAAUGACAGACCUAACCCCAACCCUCCACGAGCUCCUAAAAAGCAAACCCAAUGCCCCGCGCCUCUCGAAGGGUUAUCUCUCCACCGAAACGGCGGACGAGUUCCUCAAAGAAGCCUACCGGAUUAACAACCACAUAACCUCCCUCCUGCACUACCUCCACCGCAUCCGCCCCUCCUACCUCUCCAUCAACCACAACCACCACCACAACAACAACAAGUCAUCCCACAAACCCCCCUCAGACCCCUCACCCCUCGCCCUCCCCCCCCCACCGCCAAAAGACCUAACCGACACCUCCCGCGCCGAAAUCGACACCUCAACCUCCCACCUCCUCCGCCAACUCUCCACCUCCAUCUCCACGCUCGCCUCCGCCGAGACCCUCCGGCAGGAGACGCGGGCGCAGCUCCUCCGCAAGAAAUACGGGAGUCGCGUGGGCGGCGUUCUGGCCCGGUGGGCGGCCGGCGGCGAUGACGACCCGCAAACACGCGCAACAGCAACCCCCGCGCAACGCGCCGAGGAGGCCGCCGAGGACAACACGAAGCAGCUUCGCGCGGCGGUGCUGUGGUUCCUGCAGCGGAAGCUGGAGGGGGUCGUGGCGGUGCAGCGUGGGAUGGUGGAGAAGAGGCUGGAGAGGGUCAGGGAGCGGGAGAGGAGUGUGCUUUAUUUGUCGCAGCAGCAACAACAAUCAAAACAGCAGCAGCAGCAGCAGUCGGGUAAGGAGCGGGGGGAGGAACGGGGGUUGGGGCACGGGUUUGGGCAAGGGCAAGGGUCGGAACAUGCAGGCGACAUGAUGCUGCCGCCGCCGUCGGGGGAGACGCAGGGCCAGCGGUUGGAGGAGACAGAACUACACGCUAUCGAGGCGCAGCUCUCGCCGGAGCAGUUGCAGCUGUUCGCGGAGGAGAAUGAUGCCAUGGUCAAGUAUUAUGAGGAUACCUUGAGUAAGGUCCGAACCGCCGAGAAAUCGCUACUGGAGAUCUCCUCCCUCCAACAGACUCUCGUCGCCCAUCUGUCCACGCAGGAGGAAUAUAUCAACCAGCUGGUCACCGACGCGAGCAACACGCAUUCCAACAUCGGGCAAGGAAACAAGGAGCUCAAGCGCGCGAGUGAGCGGCGGAGUACCGCGCAGGCGGUGUUUUGGGGCACCGUCGGACUGUGUACUUGGUUGGUGGUGUGGGAUCUGGUCUUCUAGACUUUCCAGCUGUAUAAUUCAACAACACAUUCUUAAUUUUCGGCUUCUUUGCGCAUUGGCAUUAUGAUAACCCCCUA